AUGAACCAACCGCCGCGGGUUUCGUCGUCCCUCUCGGACGUCGGCUCGACGAGUUCCACCAGCUCAACGCGGAGCAAGCUAUCCAUGACCAGCGUACGGAUGACUAACCUCUACAAGGCGACAAUGAACCGUUUCCUCACGCGCAAGAAGACCGAGGCGGCCCUCGAGGGCACCGACGCCCCGCCGCCGACCGCCAGAAAGAGCAAGAAGGGAAAGAAGAACAAGGAGGAGCAGCCCAAGCCUGAGCUGGACCUGUCCCAGGCUCUGCCCUCAACCGACAAUUUCCGGACCAGCCUUCUUAUGCCCAAUCUUUCGGCACGAUUCAGCAUGCUCAGAGAGCAAGAUGAUCCGGAGUCGAAGAUGGGUAAAGCAAGCGACGAUAGCGUCCUCUUUCCCAAGCGCCAGUCGCGGCUAACAGACUAUGGCUUCAAUCCUGUAGGCUUGACGGAUAUCGCUGAAGUUGCGUCCAUAAACGAAUCCCUUCGGCCCCCCUUCCUCGCCGGAAGGUCUGGCUCCGUUGACUACGGUACCGAUGACGGUGAUUCCAUUCACAGUGGAAGCGUCAUGAGUCGGUCCCGUCCCGGUGAAGGCAAUGUUCUGUUUGGCGGCCGUCAGAAGGUCUACUUGGGUAAUCGAGCACUGUACGAUGAUGAUGUAGGAAUGUCGGCAUAUCAGCGGAUGCGGGCCGAAGAACGUCGAAAGAAGCGUGAGGAAGAGGGGGGUGAAGAACAAGACGACGACGAAGACGAAGAAGAGCCAGAAAGCCCAGCGCAUGAACUCAAGCAUUCAUCGUCGUUCUCAGGAUCCCUUCGUCGCCGCGAAACCGCUUCCUCGACGACUUCUGGAGCUGGCGCCCGUGCAUCCACAGCUGCAACUUCGAUCGCCUCGCAGGGUGCGAACGCUGUUCCGCCGCCAUCGGUAUCAGGCGUGGAACGCGCUGGUACUAAGGGUAGGCGACUCUACGACCAGGGUCUCGAUAGGAACUACAUCGAGGGAAAUUCCGCGAUAAGCAGACUCAACUCUCUCCAGAAGCAACGAACGGGAACGACUGGCCGCGCAACUCCUCCCCUGACCCAAACCAGGAGUGCGACGAACCUCAGCGACCGCUUCAACCGCGCUGGUCAAUAUCGUCCGGCCAGCCCGCCUCCCUCUGCACCGUUGGCCAACAUGGCGAGUUUCAAGGCUGCAAGAGACGGUGACUCGCAGCAGUCAAGUCCUGUUAUUGCGACGUCUUCUCCAACCAGUCCCUUCCCUCCCAUCAGUCCCUUGGAGGAUAACAGCCCGCUCGCCUCGGCUAUUCAACCCGGAGACCGUGGCAAGGCGACCGCUAUGGGUGCAUUUAACAAGCCAGCACAGAAGUUCGAUGAGAACCAGUAUCUGCAACGGCAAAAGCAGAUGCUUCAGGGUCGGGAGACUCCACCGCCGAGGAAGCCUUCUCGCUCGCCAUCGAGGGCCGUUCAAGAGAGGCUCAACAAGUUCGAGAUGAAAAGCCGGGAGCCAGAAGUGAGGCUCAAGCAGCCCCCUGCUUUGUCCAAGAACGUGUCAGAUGCUCGGAAGAGACUCGACGUGCUUCGCAGCGAGAUUGCGGCUGACCUGGAUGACCUCAGACCCUCAUCUGAUUCGGAAGAUGAACCUGCCAAAAAGGUCGAAGAACGCCCCAGUCGCAGCCGCUCUCGAACGAAUUCCAGCAGCGUAGUCCCCAGGGCUAUUGCUUCCCCGCCGAAGUCUACCACUCUUCCCGACCCUGUUUCACCGCCAACGCAGGCGUUGCCUCCUACUCCAAGUUCACCGCCCAAGCAAAAGCUCCCUCCCAAACCGACUGAGGACGAAAUGUUACCUCCCGAGCCAGCAUCACCCGAACCGCCUGCGAAGCCAUCGCCAUUCUCCGUUUUUCAGCGUGCAAAGCAGCAAAUGCAGGCUCAACCCAGCGUCGAAUCUGCUGAGAGCCCCAAGAAGGGGCCGAUGACUUUCUUUUCUUCCCGCAACUCCAGCGACGAUGAGGACGACGAUGCCGUACCCGAAGUCCAACCUAUGCGGUCUCCUGUGAACCGGACGGUCUCACGGCCCGGAAGUAAGCCGCAAAGUCCUGUUGCGUUGAGGAGCAAUUCUUCUGCCGGUGUCUCGCCGUCGCUUCGUUCGCCCCCGCCAGUACAUGAACAUCCUGCGUUGCGUUCCUCUCCCAGCCUUGCAUCUCCCGCUUCCCGCGCUUCCGAAACCAUGCGGCAAGCCCUCAACUCGCCGCACGACUCUGAGCGAAAGUCAUCAGUCUCCACAAUGGUCAAGUCUGAUGCGACGGACCUUGACUCUCCAACUCUUGGCCCUGAGAGCGGUGGACUCAACGGCAUGAUUAGGCAGCACCUCCGUAAUCAGAGUCAGCACAGCGGCGUUUCGUCCGUGUAUGACAACGACCAAGAGGAAGAUGACGAUAAUGAUCACAGCAAAUCCAGCCACCUGGCAGCUGGUUCUAUGGUUUCUGAUACUCCCGUCCACUCCAGCUACAGCCACUCGAACCCUUGGGAUCUGGAAGAUCUGGAUGGAAGCUACUAUGGUGAAGCAGACAGCUUGAGCUCCGUCAGCCCGGUUGACGGAUCGAAGUCUAAGACUCAAGCAUUUCCCAAGCCUGCUGCUAACGUUGAAUCGCCUCGUUCAGAGCCCCCUAAGGAUCAGCAGCCGGAUCGUGACCAAGUCGCGCCUUGGGAGCAGGAAAUGAAGUCCAAACACAGCAGGAAUGUCAGCCAUACCACUCUUGCGGAACGUGAGGCAUUCCAAAAGGACCUAGAGGAGAGACAGAAGGCUAUCCAGGAGGCCUUGAAGAGCAAGGUGGAAGGAAGCCGCUCUGGCAGCCCUACACCGAGCAUGGGCGGAGCUAUGAAGGCAUUUGGUAUGCUCCGUGCUAAAUCUAGCCGUGACGCCCUCGUUAGUCGUCCGGGUGGAAACUCGAAGGCGAUCAACAUGCUUGGAAUGGGUGCAAAUGCCAGCAACGCUUCUCUUAACAGGACGAGCGAAGAACACCUCAGGAAGCAACGGGAGAGACUAGCAAAUAACCCGAUGCCUUCGGACGACGACUACCGCAGGGAGUUUGAGGACAUCCUUACUCGCGGAGCUAGCGGCAGCGCUCAGUCGAGCAAGAGUCGCUCCCCGUCUGCAAACGGUACAGGCCGCAGCAGGUCGAACUCACAAAUGUCCGCCGUGUCUGGUCGUUCCCGAAGCCGCACUAGAAAUCGCGAGUCUGCGGAACAGAUGCCUCCCCCUAUCCCUCCUCAAGUCCCGCGGUCUGGCGUCCCUACUCCUGAUUCGAUGCCGUCGGCAUCGCCUGUCGUCGAGCCACCGCCGAAUCCUCCGGCCCUACGUAUGCGCAGUGGAAGCAGGCCUUCCGUGCCUGGCUAUUUCGAUCAGAAGUCUCUGCAUCCGAUUCAGACCGGAAUAGCCAACGGCAUGUCGCGCAUUUCACCGGCAUCUGCCGGUCCUACGCCCCACGUCUCGCCUGGUUUCGCCCCGGGGCGCUCUCCCAUCGCCCCCGGCAGCAGGUCCGCUGGUCAUAGCCCUGGCAUUGCUCCGAUGUCAGCGAAGGCUGCCGCUUUCGCCGCGCAUGCGAACCACUCCUCUCCGGCGAUCGCGUCGCCGCCUCCUCCUCGUCGCUCUGCCGGCGCUGUCCCCCCGGAACGCAAGAAGUCCAUUGCCAAAUCGAUCAUUUCGGAGCCCAUGUUUGUUUCUUCUACCUCUGUGGUUGACACCAUCGAGCUCCCUGCUGGUGCUUCCUUGAAGAACGGCAUGGACGAGGCUCCGCCCCCAGUGCCUCCGAUCAACCCCAUGCGCCGACGCUUCGGCUUUGGUCGCUCCGACUCCUCCAGCACCACGACCUCGGACGGCAGACCCAGCACGGAUGACGGCGACAACAAAAGCCGCACGAGGAUGCGGAAGAGUAGCAACACGUCGCUUUAUCGUGCUGCAAACGACGGGCCGACAGCCAUAAGGCCGCCGCCGGCACCUCCGGUUGAAGAAGGCGCUAUGUUCUAG